GGACAGGCAAUAAAAGGUGGACGCGUGGGACGGUUGCCCCGUUCUUCUCUCCUCCCCCCUUUUCUGCUCUACAAAAAUCCUCUCAUCAUCACGCCUCUCCAUCUCUCUCCUCACUUAUCGCCUUCCUUCAACUCAAUUCGCCCCCGCCCUUCCCGGCAUAACCGCCACCUCUGCUGCAGCCGCCUCCGCCGCCACGGACAAGUUGCAUUUGAAUCUCCAAUUUCCGGCCUGCAAUACCGCCAGAAUAGAAGAGUUCGUUCUGUCUCAGAGGAACUUCGCUGAUUGAAACGAUGGAAUCAUCAUCUUCAAUCGGAAAUCCUAAUGUCAACGCAAAUGAAUCGCGGAAAAAGCGGAGGAAAAUCGGGGAUUCUGAUCCGGAUCAGACGCAGCCUGCCUGCGUCGACGGACUCAGGUGGAAGAGCCAGGCUGCCCAACAGAUCUACUCGUCGAAGCUUCUUGAUGCUCUCCGUCAAGUCCGGCGGAGAAAUGAGACUCCAUCUCCAGCCGUCGCCGGCCGUACUAUUCGGGAGACUGCCUAUAGAGUCCUAGCUGUUGCCGCCAAGGGAAGGACCCGGUGGAGCAGAUCGAUUCUCACGGGAAGGCUUCAUUUGAGACUAAGACAGAUCAGCAAUAAAAAGCAUAAGAAAGCCAGAGUGGUAGGCGCCGGCGACAUCCGGUCGAAGAAGCCGGCGGCUACGAAGAGAUUGCCGCCGCUUCAAAGGAAGGUGCGCGUUCUCGGCCGGUUAGUUCCUGGUUGCCGGAAACUGCCGUUUCCGAACCUGCUAGAAGAAGCUACAGAUUACAUUGCAGCUCUGGAGAUGCAAGUUAGAGCUAUGAGCGCCAUCACGGAGCUUCUCAACAGCGUCGGAGUGGGAACUUUACAGCCUAAUCCCGACCGGCUUGGCUCAGAACAGUGAUAAGCCAAUGGCUUGCUGAGCUGUGUAUUAUCAUUUUCUUUAUGUUUCAUUUAUACAUAUGUAUAUACUCUGUAUGGCCGAGUUUUACUUUUUACAUUUUUUAAUAAGCAAUUGGUUUCUUCAUUUUCGUGUAUUUUUCUUUUCAUUUUUAUUCCAUAGACAUCCUGAUAGCCACUACUACCUCUUUCCCCUUCCUUUUUUUUCUUUGAAUGGUUUGAGGUAAACAAAUGGCAUUCAUUGGUUUAGUUUUUUGUUAACACCCUCCACCAGUCCACCUCUUGCCUCUCUAUCCAUCUACACAAUUUUAUGUGUUUAUGCACAAAAAUACUUCCUCAGCUUGAUUC